UUUGAAUUGAUAAAAAACCAAAACUGAAGGAAAUUGCAAUUUUCCGGCAUCAGCAAUCAGCAUCAUUCAUCUUUAUCCGGCGUUGAGUUCUUUGAGUAUAGGUUGAGUUUUACUUGUGCUGCGAAGUGUAAUUAUUUGAUUUUCUCCUUUCAUCGCUCAGACAUAAUGAACGCAUCUGAUCAAAACAGUAUUACAGAGGAAGAGGCAGAAUUGUACGACAGACAGAUCAGAUUAUGGGGAGCAAAUGUUCAGCGAUCACUAAGAAAUACUCGCGUUCUCGUCAUUGGAAUGAAAGGAGUCGCGGGGGAAGUUUGUAAGAAUCUGAUCCUAUCCGGUGUAAAAUCCGUCACGAUGAUGGAUCACGAGAACGUAUCGAAAUCGGAUUUACAUUCGCAGUAUUUGUUACAUCCGGAAAGUGUGGGAGAGAAUAGAGCUAAGGCUAGUUUGAAAGCGGCGCAAGUAUUGAAUCCAAAUGUUAAAGUAACUGCGGAAACAUCUAGCCCGCUCGAGUUGAAAGUCUCCUAUUAUUCGAAUUUCGAUGUGGUAUGUGCUACAAGUCAGUCAAAUAAUGUGUACGUGUGUUUGAAUGACAUCUGCAAACUGUAUCAAAUCAAGUUCUAUUGUGGAGAUUCAUUCGGAAUGUUUGGAUAUCUAUUCGAAGAUUUGAACGACGGAAAAACUGCCGAGAAAACACGGAAUGCAACGUCGUUUCAAACAGCAGUAGCGUUGAAGUGGAUUCCAAAAACAAGCGCUAAAAAACGUAAACAAGAAGAUCCUUCGUAUGUUAUUUUCAAAAUUUUGUCAGAAUUUAGAACCGUAAACGGCCGAAAUCCUUCUCGAGACGUUCAAAACGAUUACCAGCAAUUACUAGAAUCGAGAACGUCGAUUUUGAAAAAAUUGGAUUUGGAGUCCGAUAUACUACCGUUGGAAUAUUUGGAAAAUAUUUACGGCGAGUACGGUCCGACUUGUUCCAUUAUUGGAGGCAUGAUAGCGCAACAAGUAGUCAAGUCUCUGUCCAAAGAGGAACCGUCGUCCAGUUAUAUAUAUUUUUUCAAUCAUUUACGUUGUCAAUUGUCGGGAGUUUCGUUGAAUCAGGCCGUUACUGCGCUCGAAAAAGACGCAGAUUCCAAACUGUGCGAACAAGACUUCGUCGAAUUAUGAGCGUAAUUUUAAUAACUCGAGAAUGUUUCCGAAACGUGCGAUCGUAUUACGGAUUUGUCCUAUUUUUCUCUUCUUUUCUGCUCAGUCAUAUUUGAUUUGAAUAAGUUUAUUGUUAGUUUUUUCAUCUAAGUUACUGAUUCAAAGUUUUCUAAUUACCCUGCUGAACUGCGGGAAUUGAUGAUUAUAAAAGUAUUAAUAAAGUCGUGUUGUGAAUAAUUCA